CAGCAGCAGCAGCAGCAGCAGCAGCAGCAGCAGCAGCAGCAGCAGCAGCAGCAGCAGCAGCAACAGUUCGAGGAUGUGCAGUUAACCGCAGUCAUGUCAAUGGUUGAUUUCCCCGAUCUUGUCAUCGAUAUGAAAGCUUACAUUAUGGGCAUGACACUAAGUCUGGACGAAAAGUAUCUCUUUGUAAAUUUGACGCACGACAGCUACGGUGGAAGCCAGCGAUUUGCAAAUUUGGGAGAAAUUAGGGUCAUCAGCCUGUCCAGCAUGAUGGUCGAGGACUCAUACAUUGGUCAUUUCGCAACAUGUGUUGAUCGAUUCGGUUGCUCAGUUGGCGGACACUACGUUGCCAGGUGCAGCAACGAGUUAUGUUUGGGUGUAUGA